AAUAUCGACAGCCCCAUCAUCGAACUAAAUACCAAAAAAAAAACAUUAAAUAAAACUGCAUUAGAUGGUUUAAAUAAUAUCAAAUCGCAUUUAAUUAGAAUAAGAGUUAAUGGUAAACCACAAGCACAGCGAAGUGCAUGCACAAGAGCAGCUAAGAGAGGCUUAAGAAGUCUCUUUUGUGUAUGCGAGUGUAGGUGUGUGUGCAUAUGUGCAUGCUAGUGUUGGUGGACAGAACAAUAACAAGCCAAAAAAAAAAGUGAGAAGAAUGUCAAUGGCUUUGGAAUGUAAUGGAGCAGGACCCACAGUAAUGCUCCAACUUCAGCGAUGAAUCAUAGCAACCCGAACCGUGCCUUAAUAUCGAACGACUAGCAAUAUAUGUAAAUAUAACUAAAGAUGCCGCUCCUGAGCAAAUGCUUUCCCUGCUUCAAAUUCAAGCACGAGGAGGUGAUUGACAAGCUGGAUUAUAGCAAUACACCGCUCACCGACUUCCCCGAGGUCUGGCAGCACGAGCGGACGCUGGAGGAGCUCUACCUGAGCACCACAAGGCUGCAAUCGCUGCCCCCGCAGUUGUUUUACUGUCAGGGCUUGCGUGUGCUCCACGUGAACAGCAACAAUCUGGAGAGCAUACCCCAGGCCAUUGGGAGUCUGCGCCAGCUACAGAAUUUGGAUCUCAAUCGGAAUCUGAUUGUCAAUGUGCCCGAUGAAAUCAAAGCCUGCAAGCAUUUAACCCGUCUGGAUCUGAGCUGCAACAGCCUACAACGUCUUCCAGAUGCAAUUACCUCGCUUAUAUCCCUGCAGGAGCUGCUGCUGAACGAAACCUACCUGGAGUUUCUCCCAGCCAACUUUGGACGGCUGGUCAAUUUGAGGAUUCUCGAGCUGCGUCUCAACAACCUCAUCACGCUGCCCAAGUCGAUGGUGCGGCUGGUGAAUCUACAGCGUCUGGAUAUUGGUGGCAAUGAGUUUACAGAGCUUCCCGAAGUUGUUGGUGAGCUGAAAUCUUUGCGAGAGCUGUGGAUCGACUUUAAUCAAAUACGCCGCGUGUCCGCCAACAUUGGUAGACUGCGCGAGCUGCAGCACUUUGAGGCCAAUGGCAAUCUACUGGACACACUGCCCAGCGAGCUGAGCAACUGGCGGAAUGUGGAGGUUCUAUCCAUUUGCUCCAACAACCUGGAAGCAUUCCCAUUCAGCGUCGGCAUGCUUAAGUCUCUGGUGACGUUCAAGUGCGAGUCGAACGGCCUGACGGAGCUUCCCGACAGCAUUAGCUACCUGGAGCAGCUGGAGGAACUGGUCCUGAGUCACAACAAGUUGAUCCGCCUGCCCAGCACAAUUGGGAUGCUGCGAAAUCUGCGUUUUCUCUUCGCCGAUGAGAAUCAGCUCCGCCAGCUGCCCGACGAGUUGUGCAGCUGCCAGCAGCUGAGUGUCUUGAGUGUGGCCAACAAUCAGUUGUCCGCGCUGCCACACAACAUAGGCAACCUGGGGAAGCUGAAGGUCAUCAACGUGGUUAACAACUAUAUCAACGCGCUGCCCGUCUCCAUGCUGAACCUAGUGAAUCUCACCUCGCUGUGGCUAAGCGACAAUCAGUCGCAGCCCUUGGUGCCCCUGCAAUACUUGGAUGCCAGUACAAAAACACAGUUGACCUGCUUCAUGUUGCCCCAGGUCACCUUCAAGAUGAACAGCAUGCAGGCCCAGCAGCAGGCUCAGGAGCAGUACGAGUUUGUCUACGCUAACCAGCAGCAUCCGCAUGCCAGUCCCUCGCGACGCAUCUGCUUUGCCGAGGAGGCCACCAUCUUGAGCAAUGCCAAAACGCAGCCGGCUCCUAGUUAUCCCAACUAUGUCGCUGCACCGCCAACUCCCACGCCGGAGCAGAUGGCAGGAUCCGUUCGGCUAAUGCGGUCACCCACGCCGUAUCCCAAGGAGCUGCGCCAAAUGGCGAAAUACGUGCGACAAGCCCAGGCAGCGGCGACGUCGGCGAAUGCCAACGAAGUUAGGGAGGCACGCGUGGUGCCCAAUGGCCAAGUUCACUGUGAUAGCAGCAAUGCCGAACAAGAUGUUGUGGAUCAGGCCGCAGCAAGUGCAAUAUACGGCGUUGCGCCAGAGAACGCUCAUAUCUAUGGGGUCUAUCAGCAGCCGGCGACCACGCAGCAGCUUCCGGUUCCUACACAAGAGUACUACGGUCUGCCGUUGGUCAACUACGAGGCGCACUAUCAGCAGCUGUAUGUCGAGGCCAAUACCUUACCCACCACACAUCUGAACGGUGAGCAGGAGGACUAUGAGUUGCAGCCCUUGCAGCAACAGCAGCAGCAGCUUCCCCAACAUCAGCAGCAGGGAGUGCCGCCACCUCGAUUAGAGCCGCCACCCUACCACAUAGCUAGAGUAUACACAAAGAAAACUCCCGAGGAUCUUAAUCUGUACGAGUCCAUGAGACAGCGCAAGCAACAGCAGCAGCAGUUGGAACAGACGAUCUAUCAGGAUGCUCUGAAUAGCAACUUUAAGACCACGGCGAUUGGUGCUCAGGAAGAGGAGCCCAUCGAACAGCAACUGGACUACCAAAAUAACGUCAGCAAUCUGGAGCAAAGUCCCGAGGAUGAGGAAGAAGAGCCAGAUGAUAGCCUGUCGCAGCACUCAAUGAACUCCACGGCCACCAAUAACACUUCCAGGGCAAGUCACAAAAAGUCCACCUGGAUAUUUGGCGUCCACAAGAACCCAACAGUCAAGCAGGUUACCCUCAAAUGGGAGCACAGCAUGGGCUUUGACGUAGCCGAGCUGCUCAAUCACGUGGGCAUCUUUGUGAGUGCCAUUACGCCCAAUACAAACGCUGCUCGCCUGCUGAGCGUCAACGACAAGCUGCUUGAGAUAGAUGGCUACGACCUGACCAAUGCGAAUCUAAAGGAUGCCAAACGGGUGCUGCUCAAUAGUGGCACUGUCAUGAACAUAAUGUUGUCAAGAAAAUGAUGGACCAUUUGUUUCUAAACCUAAACCGAUUCCCAUCACGAGACCGAAGACUUUUUGUGCAUUUUUCUACAGCAUUUUUCCUGAAUGGAGCUGAAAAGCCAAUUUUGGAUCAAAACGCUUGGAUAUACCAUAAUGUUAGUUGAUAAAUCGCGACCUCUUCCGCCCUGGCGAUCCAUAGAUCAGUCAUAGAAAACUAUUGCCAGCUAACAGAGCCUACGCUUUUCAUAUAUGAUAGAUAGGUGCAUCCAAACUGCCAUUUUCCACAUACCUAGAUGAAGUAACUACUCGCUAAACAGAUGAGGAACCUCAUGAUAUGGAUGAUAUUUGUAUUUAUAUUCUAACUCAUUUUCAUUUUGUAUUUUUUUACGCUUUAUUCCGAAAAUGGUUCUAUGAAUUUCUUAUUUUAAAUGACUGUACUUGCUUAGAUUUAUCCAAAAUUAAUUUGAUUACUCAGUAUUCUUUGUAAAUAGUUAUGUAAGCGAUCGAUCAGCAAAAGGCAAUAUUUAGUUGUGUCAAUUAUGAAUUAUAGACAUGUAGCUUAAUUAGCUUAAAUGCAUAACGCAUUUGUAUCUCAAGUUGGGAAGCACUCAUUCUGACAGCAAGACGUACCCGUAUUUAUUUAAAUAGUGCAAUUAGCGUUACUUAUAAGUAAACAUAUGCAUAUAUAUAUAUAUAUAUAUACGCACACGAACAAGUAUAUACAUAUAUAGACACGAUAAUCAGGCAAAAAUACCUACAACUAGCGCCUACAACUUACGCCCAGCGUCGUUCAAAUUUGUGCCCCAAAAUUAAGUAUAUGUAUAGAUAAAUUACUCGAUUACAAAGGAUAGUUGCUGUUUAUGUUAGUUGUUAUAGUGCAGCAAUAUAAAUUCUAUAUAUAUAUAUAUUUACACAUUA